AUGGCGUGCCUGGCAGUGGACCCUGCCAUCCUCCUCAUCGUGGUGGGCGUCCUCACCUUCCUCAUCACCUUCUGCGGCUGCGUGGGCUCCCUGCGGGAGAACAUCUGCCUGCUGCAGGUGUUCUCCGUCUGCCUCACCAUCAUCUUCCUCCUGCAGCUGGCGGCCGGCGCGCUGGGCUUUGUGUUCUCUGAUAAGGCCCGCGAGAAGGUCAGCGAGCUCAUCAACGGGGCCAUCGUGCAUUACCGGGACGACCUGGACCUGCAGAACCUCAUCGAUUUUGGGCAGAAGGAGGUGACAGGGGGGCCUGCAGGGUUGGGACGUCCCCAUUGCCAUGUCAGGCUUACAUCUGUGGGGUGGCACAGGCUGGGGAUGUUGAAUGGCUCUUCCAAGAUGUUCCCAGUGAUGUCCUGCCUGGCAGGGGAAGGUUGGGGAGGGUUGGGGACACAAAGAGCCCUGAGUGUCCUGUCCCCCUGCCUGGGCUGGGGUCCCCUCCCCCUGAGCCCCGUGUCCUGCCCGCAGUUCAGCUGCUGUGGGGGUGUCUCCUACAAGGACUGGUCCCAGAACAUGUACUUCAACUGCACGGCCACCAACCCCAGCCGCGAGCGCUGCUCCGUGCCCUUCUCCUGCUGCCUGCACGAUGCUGACCAG